AUGGACUAUCAGGAGGAGCAAAAGCAGGAGCUGGAAGUGCUUGAGUCCAUCUAUGCCGAUGACUUGACGGUGGUGUGCGGGGAGUACCCGAAAAUCCAGUUUGAAGUGGACCUAAAACUGGAUCUGAUCCCGCUGGCAAGCUCUUCAUUCACGGCGGCUGCGAUCAGCAAGGAGCAGCACUUGGUGGUGGACAUUACGCUGCCGGAGCGGUAUCCCGAGGAGGCUCCGCAGCUGAGCAUUAGGCCGUGGGACGUGCGCGGCGGAGACGAGGCAGGUGAGGAGGAUGAGGAACAGGAGUACGACGAGCACGGGAACCCUGUGGUUGCGAAACUGGAGAAUAUUCCGGACAGCAUUUCAUUUGACGGCGAGGUGGACGGCUUUGCAAGCCAGGCCAUGCGGCAGGUGGAGGAGGACAUGCUGCUGGGAAUACAGAUGUGUUUUGCGCUGAUCUCGUCAAUAAAGGAGGACGCGGAGUCGUGGUUUCAGAAGGAGCUUGAGCGCCGAGAGAAGGAGCACGAGCGGCAGCUACGCGAACGCGAGCUCGAAGAGCAGAAGAAAUUCCGCGGAACGAAGGUAACGCAUGAGUCGUACAUGAGCUGGAGGGCUAGCUUCCGGCAGGAGCUGGGGCUCGACGAGCGCGACCAGGAGCGGCGGAUGCAGGCGCACCUGGGCAGGCUGUCGGGGCGCCAGAUCUUUGAAGAAGGGCUGGCUGGCGAAGAGGACGUUGAGGCCGGUGAGGACGACAUAGUACAAGGAAUAAAACAGUUAUAG